AGGCGCGAAACCACGGGAGCAUGGACAGCGAUGGCGGGAGCGACUACGGCGGCGACCGGAAGCGGCGCCGGCUCCGGCGCGGUGAUGCGAGCGACGACGACGAAGACGACGUCGACAUGACGGGCGAGAUGGCGGAAGAGCAGGACCCGGACGAGGAAGCCAUGGACGAGGUCGAAGAGGAAGCGCGGCUCGCGGAGGCCGAGGCCGUCUACUUCUCGGACGACGAAGAAGACGAGGGCGAAGACCUCAUCGAGAACGCGGAAGGCGACUACAAGCGCAUGGACGCGCUCGACUCGUACGACCUGGGCCAGCUCGACGACCGGCGCUACGACGCCAUUGACGACGAGACGCGGCGGCGCGUCGAGGAAGAGCUCGACCGGCGCGAUGCGCGCGAAGGACGACUGCAGAUGGCGCUUAUCGAAGACCAAGAAACCGAGCGCGACGACGCCCAUCGUCGGCGCCUCCAGACCUCGCGCCGGCCGGACGACGGCCAAGAAGCGGACGCUGUGCCGGAAGAAGAGCUUAUCAACUUGGAGCACUUUGACGUGCCACUGCGCGAGUUCAUCGCGGCCGAGCGGCCGCGCAACGAGAUCAAGCGACGCUUCCGCCACUUUCUCAACACGUUUACGCAGAACAACUCGCUCGUGUACCACCAGAAGAUCGUCAAGAUGGCCCAGCGCAACGAGCAAAGCUUGGAGAUUGAAAUCGGCGACAUCAUCCAGAGCAUGUCGAUCUUUGCCGCGUGGAUCGUCGAAGCGCCCAAAGACAUGCUCACGAUCCUCGACGAAGUCGCCCGCGAGGUCGUCAUGGCGCUCUUCCCGUACUACGACACGAUCCACAAGGAGAUUUACGUUCGGAUUCUCGACCUCCCGGGCACGGAGAAGAUCCGCGACCUGCGCACCGCGCAUCUCAACUUCUUGAUCAAGGUCUCGGGCGUCGUGACGCGCCGGACGUCGGUGUUCCCGCAGCUGCAGCUCGUCAAGUUCAACUGCAACGCGUGCGGCGCGGUCCUGGGCCCGUUCACGCAGAGCAAGUCGUCGGAGCUCUCGCUCAACGCGUGCCCCGAGUGCCAGAGCAAGGGGCCGUUCUCGCUCAACACGGCGCAGACCGUGUACCGCAACUACCAAAAGCUAACGUUGCAAGAGAGCCCCGGGAGCGUCCCGCCGGGCCGCGUGCCGCGCUCCAAGGAGGUCAUUCUCCUCGCCGACCUCAUUGACCGCGCGCGGCCGGGCGACGAAGUAGCGAUUACGGGCGUCUACACCAACGCGCCCGACCCAAACCAAGGCAUUCGCGAUGGCUUCCCCGUCUUUCGCACCGUCAUCGAGGCCAAUCACAUUGAGCGCACGGCCGAAGGCAACACGACUGUACUCACGGUCGAGGACAAGAAGCGCAUUCUGGCGCUGAGCAAGCGCCCCGACAUUGGUCCGCUGCUCAUUCGGUCGAUCGCGCCGUCCAUUUACGGCCACGAGCACGUCAAGACGGCGCUGUGCCUCUCGCUCUUUGGCGGGAAACCGAAAUUCAUCAAAAACUCGCGCGUCCGUGGCGACCUCAACAUCCUCAUGGUCGGUGACCCGGGCACGGCGAAAUCGCAGUUUCUCAAGUUUGUCAACACGACCGCGCCCCGGGCUGUGUACACGACGGGCAAGGGUGCGUCGGCUGUCGGUUUGACCGCCGGUGUCUCCAAGGACCCCGUCACAAAAGAGUGGGUUCUGCAAGGUGGCGCGCUCGUGCUGGCCGACAAGGGCGUGUGCCUCAUUGAUGAGUUUGACAAGAUGAACGAGCAAGAUCGCACGAGUAUCCACGAAGCCAUGGAGCAGCAGACGAUCUCUAUCUCGAAAGCCGGCAUUGUCACGUCGCUGCAAGCCCGCUGCGCCGUCAUCGCCGCUGCCAACCCGAUCGGCGGCCGGUACAAUGCAACGCGGACGUUUGCCGAGAACGUGGAGCUCACGGACCCGAUUCUGCAGCGCUUUGAUGUGCUCUGCGUCGUGCAGGACAAGGUCGACCCGGUCCAAGACGAACGACUCGCCAACUUUGUGAUUUCGAGCCACAUCAAGUCCAACCAGCCUGUCCAAGACCCGACCGAGGACCAAAACCAUGACGAGGACGACGACGAGGGGCCGAGCCAGCGCAAGCGCAAGGAAACCCCGUCGCUCUCGACGACGACGGACGAAGAGACGCUCGACCAAGAGAUGUUGCGCAAGUACAUUGUCUACGCGCGGUCGUACGUCAACCCGACCGUGAGUUCGAGUCUCGACACGCGCAAGAUCGAGACGUUUUACGCGCAGCUGCGCAAGGCGUCGCAGCACACGGGCGCGGUGCCGAUCGCGGUCCGGCACAUCGAGUCGCUCUUCCGCAUGUCCGAGGCGUACGCGCGCAUGCAUCUCCGCGACGCCGUCUGCAACGACGACCUUGACAUGGCGAUCCGCGUCAUGACCAACUCGCUCUGCGAAGCGCAGAAGUUCACGUUCAAGCGGCAGUGGCGCAAGCUCUUUGCGUCGUACCUGAGCUACCAGCAAGACAACACAGUCGUGCUCAUGCACAUCGUCCAAGAGCUCUUCCAGGCCGCGUACACCUACCACCAGCUGCGGCAAGAGAAGCGCAAGGCGCCGACGGGCCUCACGUCGCUACAAGUGACGUGCGCCGACGUCCUAGCAAAGGCCCGCGCGCUCGGGAUUGUGGACCUCAGUGCGUUCUACGACUCGCAAGCGUUCACGCAGAACGGCUACACGUACGACCGCGAGACGCAGGUGAUUGUCAAGACGUUUUAA